UGUAAAAGUUCAUUGGUAAUGAAAAAGGGAGAAGAAGGAGGAGAAGAAGAGGUUUCUCUUCAAACUCUGAGUAAGAAAAUGGAUGAUUUUGCAAAAGCUAGAGAUUGGGAGAAGUAUCACAGCCCAAGGAAUCUCCUUCUUGCUAUGGUGGGUGAAGUGGGAGAGCUAUCUGAGAUAUUCCAAUGGAAAGGAGAAGUAGCAAGAGGAUGUCCAGAUUGGAAAGAAGAAGAGAAAGUGCAUCUUGGAGAAGAGUUAUCAGAUGUGUUGUUGUAUUUGGUGAGGCUUUCGGAUGCGUGUGGUGUCGAUUUAGGCAAAGCGGCUUUGCGCAAGAUCGAGCUUAAUGCUAUUAAGUAUCCAGUACCCAAAAAGACUGAUGAUCAUUGUGUUGGUGAUGGUGAACAAUCCAGCAGCAAUAUUAAGUUGAAUGAAGAACAUUAAUCUCUCUUGUUAGUGGUUUAGUGAGUGUGUUUUAUUAUGGGUGUUUUCUUGUUAUGAAGUUGGAGCAAGAGACAAGAACAUAUAAUCUUUGAAGGCCUCUAAUUAUAUUUUCAUUGGUUUAUGUAUUUGCCUUUCACUGAAUUUUGCAGUAA